AUGUCCACACUACGGCACUUCCUCCGUUCUUUCUUCCAGCAGCCGGCCAUACAUCCCGGUGCUAGAAAAUCUUCCACAACCUUAGCUUCGGUCCUCGCAAUAUCAAUGGCUUCGUAUUCGACCACCGUCACGAAAAUUCCCGACUUAGGCCCCUCGCCCGAUGAUGCUUCCGCAAAGCCCCAUCACGUUAAGAAGAACGGCGUGACCGUCGGCUUCAAGAACAUACAUCCCUCUUAUGCAGAUGGCGUAGGCCCUCUAAAGAUCAUCAAGCAUGUUGUCUGGCCAAGCCUGACAGGCAAAUUGCCAUCUCCGGACGUGACGCCCCCGACCGUCUCUGUAGUCAAGCCUGAUUUCCUGCCUACCCGUACAGCAUCCAGCAACCUCCGUGCAACCUGGCUUGGUCAUGCGUGCUACUACGUCGAGUUUCCCUCUGGCUUGCGCGUGCUCUUUGACCCAGUCUUUGAGGACCGCUGCUCGCCUUUUUCCUUCAUGGGUCCGAAGCGGUAUACUCCCAAGCCCUGCGACCUCGCCGACAUCCCCUUUGUGGACGCCGUCCUUAUUAGUCACAGCCAUUACGAUCACCUUUCUCACGAGUCUGUCCUCACGAUUCAGAAGCACAAUCCUAAUGCCCAUUUCUUCGUCGGCAUGGGUUUGGAGUCAUGGUUUAAGAAUGCGGGCCUGAAAAACGUUACAGAACUGGAUUGGUGGGAGGAUGCCGAGCUGACACUGGCAAUAAACAAAGGCACUGCAGAAGAACCCGAGACUAUUGCCGCCCAGGUGUCGUGCCUCCCAUGCCAACAUACAUCCGCCCGCACACCAUUCGAUAAAGAUGUGACUCUUUGGGCUUCGUGGGGCGUCAAGUCAGGAGGCAAAUCGGUUUGGUUCGGAGGCGAUACUGGAUACCGUGCGGUUCCAUACGUCCCUCCAAACGUCGACGACUAUGGUCCUGAAUUUGCAUCCCUGCCAAUUUGUCCCCAGUUCAAGCAGAUUGGCGAGCUUAGAGGACCCUUUGAUCUUGGUCUCAUUCCGAUCGGUGCAUACUACCCCCGAGUGGCUUUUUCGCCGAUGCAUGCCAACCCUUUUGACUCGGUUGAGAUCUUCCAGGACACCAAAUGCGAACGCGCAAUGGGCAUUCACUGGGGGACAUGGGCACUGACCAUGGAAGAAGUAUUAGAGCCCCCUAAACUCCUUCAGCUGGCUAUGAAGCGGAAGGGUCUCCCAGAGACUGGUGUAUUUGACGUUUGUGACAUCGGCGAAAGUAGAGAGUUCAAAUGA